CCGAAUCUUAGCCAUUUAUUCCAUUUUGGCGUCACAAUUAAAAGAAAUCGGGCAAGCAAUGAAAUUAAUAUGGGACGGCUUAACAUGAUGACAACCUCAAUUAAAACCACAUUUGUCACUCGCCAGGUGGCGCCAACAUCAGCAGUCGCAUUAAUAUCAAAGUCGUCGAAAGCAAACCGAGUGAACUCACCGGCAACAACAACACCAAUAGCAAAUUCCCCAGAAGCAUCUGAGAGACCACAGAGUUUGUGGUCAGCAACCACGACAACAACGGCAACAACAAAAACAAAAAAGCACUGUCAUUUCGCCGAAACGCCCUCCUUAUCUUCGUACGGCACUGUACGCCACAUGCGGCAACUACUCAAUGCACAUCUGGUUAUUACAGCAACAACAUUGCAGCAAUGCGCCGCAGUGCGAUGGCAACUGUUGGUUGUCUUCCUUAUAUGCAACUGUAUUGAUAUUUCCAUUUCCAACCAAAUCUCGACAGUGGGCGCCUUCGAGCCGGACUUCGUCUUUCCGCUGGAGAAUGUCACCGUGGCGCAGGGACGCGAUGCGACCUUCACGUGUGUGGUUAACAAUCUCGGCGGUCACAGGGUGAGUGGCGACUCCUCAACGGCCAGGGUCGCUUGGAUUAAGGCCGAUGCAAAGGCGAUUCUGGCCAUACACGAACAUGUGAUAACAAACAAUGAUCGAUUGUCAGUCACACAUAAUGACUUCAAUACGUGGACGUUGGUCAUACGGAAUGUGAAAAUGGAGGAUUCCGGCAAGUACAUGUGUCAAGUGAAUACGGAUCCCAUGAAAAUGCAAACAGCCACAUUAGAAGUGGUGAUACCACCAGAUAUUAUCAACGAAGAAACGUCCGGCGACAUGAUGGUGCCAGAAGGUGGCUCAGCGAAGUUGGUGUGUCGUGCGCGCGGACAUCCGAAACCGAAAAUCACUUGGCGUCGCGAGGAUGGGCGUGAAAUUAUCGCGCGUAAUGGAGCUCAUCAAAAAACUAAAGCUUUGGCAGUUGAGGGCGAAAUGCUAACGCUGACCAAGGUGACUCGCAGCGAAAUGGGCGCCUAUAUGUGCAUCGCUUCAAAUGGUGUGCCGCCGUCGGUGAGCAAACGCAUGAAGCUGCAAGUGCAUUUUCAUCCAUUGGUACAAGUUCCAAAUCAAUUGGUUGGUGCGCCCGUUUUAACCGAUGUCACAUUGGUCUGCAAUGUGGAAGCAUCACCGAAAGCUAUCAACUACUGGCAACGAGAAAAUGGUGAAAUGAUUAUUGCUGGCGAUCGGUAUGUCCUCACCGAAAAGGAAAACAAUAUGUACGCCAUUGAGAUGAUUUUGCAUAUCAGGCGCUUACAGACCAGUGAUUUUGGUGGUUACAAAUGCAUCUCGAAGAAUAGUAUUGGCGACACGGAAGGAACGAUACGAUUGUAUGAAAUGGAGAGACCUGGAAAGAAAAAUCAACGAGAAGAUGAUAACGAAGUUGCGAAAAAUGAUGCCACACUCAAAGAUAAUCGCCACGAGGAUGGCUCACGCAAUCAAAACGGACGCCUCUACAAGGAGCGUGGCAGCGAUGCGGACCUGCAAAGCGGAAGUCAAACGCUGAGUAGGCGGCAAAAUACAAUAUAUAUGCUGGUGCUGACGCUGCUGGUGUCGCUUGCAGCGACUGUCACAAAAACAACAAUAAAAACUGCAGCAGUUACAACGGUGUCUCGCACGGCCUAA